GUCACGGGGACUCCUCGCGUCCGGACUGUUUGCUCCACUGGUGACACUUUUCGCACGGGCGGUUUUGCCUCGGCUCCUCCCCCCGUCGUCUCAACGUCCCCCCAUAAAGACCCGCCCAUCACCGACUCCCUCUUGCCCUGAUCAACCCCGCAGCUCCUCGUUUUUGGUCCCCGCAAAUACCACACAUAGCAUAACCACGUAUCGUUUUCCUCGGCAAACAGUAACCAAAUUUCUCAUCAAUGUCUGACCUUCGUUUCGAUAACCGCGUCGUCAUCGUGACCGGCGCUGGAGGAGGACUUGGAAAGGCGUACGCCACAUUCUUUGCUUCCCGAGGUGCUUCCGUCGUUGUGAACGAUCUUGGAUCGAGCAGAACCGGUGACGAGGGCGGCAACCACAAGGCCGCUGACAUUGUCGUCGAUGAGAUCAAAAAGGCCGGAGGAAAGGCUGUUGCCAACUACGACUCCGUAGAGGACGGUGAGAAGAUCGUCCAAACUGCACUGGAUGCUUUUGGCCGCAUUGAUGUCGUUAUCAACAACGCUGGUAUCUUGCGCGACAAGUCCUUCGCCCGUAUGACCGAUGCCGACUGGGACCUUGUCCAACGUGUGCACGUCAGGGGCUCAUACAAGGUGGCGAAAGCCGCCUGGGAACACAUGCAGAAGCAAGGCUACGGACGCAUUAUCAACACGGCAUCCGCCGCCGGCAUCUACGGAAACUUCGGUCAAGCCAACUACGCGGCUGCGAAAUUGGCUCUUUUUGGAUUCUCAAACUCUUUGGCCCGCGAAGGCGCCAAGAAGAACAUUCGUGUCAACACCAUCGCACCUCUUGCCGCGUCUCGUAUGACCGAGACGGUCCUCCCCCCGGACAUGCUUGCCGCAUUGAAGCCCGAAUUUGUUGUUCCCCUCGUUGCGUACUUGACUCACGAGUCUACUGAGGAGACUGGUUCCAUCUUCGAAGUUGGAGCUGGUUUCAUCGCGAAGCUCCGAUGGGAGAGGUCGCGCGGAGCAGUCUUCAAGGCCGAUCAGACCUUCACCCCUGGGGCCGUCACUGCCAAGUGGGAUCAGAUCACGAAGUUCGACAAGCCUGCGUACCCCGAGUCUAUCAUGGACACGGACUGGGUCGGGCUUUUGGAGGAGGCCAAGUCCCUGCAGAACAACCCUACUGCAGGUGAUUUACGUUUCGACGGAAAGGUCGCCAUCGUCACGGGUGCUGGAAACGGGCUUGGAAGGGCACACGCCAUUCUUCUCGCCAAGCUUGGGGCUUCCGUGGUUGUGAACGAUCUCGGAACUGGGACCAAGGGCGAGGGCGGCGAGGCUUCCCCCGCAGACAAAGUUGUGGAGGAGAUCAAGGCUUUCGGAGGGAAGGCGGUGUCGAAUCACGACUCUGUGGAAGAUGGCGACAAGGUGGUGCAGACCGCUCUCGACGCCUUCGGUCGCAUCGACAUUGUCGUGAACAAUGCGGGUAUUCUCCGCGACAAAUCCUUUGCCAGGAUGACCGACAACGACUGGGACUUGGUCCACCGUGUUCACCUCCGCGGAACCUACAAAGUCACCAAGGCUGCGUGGCCCCAUAUGCUCAAGCAAAAAUACGGUCGUAUCAUCAACACCACCUCAGCUGUCGGUUUGUACGGAAACUUUGGCCAAGCCAACUACUCCGCCGCCAAGGCCGGUAUCGUCGCUUUCUCCAACACCCUUGCCCUUGAGGGCCAGCGAUCGAACAUCGUCGUCAACACCAUUGCUCCCAACGCGGGUACCCGUAUGACCGCCACCGUCAUGCCCGCCGAGAUCGUCGAGAUGUUGAAGCCCGAUUACGUGGCUCCACUGGUCGGAAAGCUCGUCCACGAGUCCAACCAGGACACCGCUGGCGUCUACGAAGUCGGAUCAUGCUGGAUCGCCAAGGUCCGAUGGCAACGCACUGGGGGCGUCGGGUUCCCCGUCAACAAGCCUCUCCUCCCCGAACACAUCGCGUCCCGGUGGUCUGACAUCACCAACUUCGAGGACGGCCGCGCUACUUACCCCACUAGCACCCAAGACUCCUUCGCCGCCGUGCAGGCCAACUUUGACAACGUCAGUGGCGACGCCGCCAAGCCCGCAGAAGCCAAGAAGGAGACAUCCGCGGCCGCCAAGCCCGCUGCCGCGCCUGCAUCCUCAGGCAGCGACAUCAACGUCCCCGGCUUCGUCUCCUCCAAAGUCUUCCAGCAAAUCCAAGCCGGAUGGAACGCCGCGCCCGACACCACCAAGGCCGCGCAGGUCAAGAAGGUCAAGUCCGUGUUUGCGUUCGACAUCACCAACGCCGAGGGAAAGAAGCAGUCGUGGUACGUCGACCUGAAGAACGGGUCCGGCAGCGUCGGUGCGGGUGCCCCACCGUCCGGGAAGGCCGAUAUGACCGUCACCGUUGCCGAUAAGGACUUUGUGGAGCUUGCUGCAGGGAAGUUGAAGCCGCAGAAGGCGUUCAUGGCGGGGAAGAUCAAGAUUAAGGGCAACAUGGCUCUUGCGACGUAAAAAACUGGAGGGCGUGCUGCAACUCGCGGCCCCGAAGUCCAAGCUUUGAGGCGUACCCUUUGCGUAGUUCUAGUGUACUAGGAUUGACGAUUUUCCCUGCAUUUCAUCCUCUGAUUAUAAUGGGUCUAUCCUCUUCUCUCUCCCUUUUUAUGAUAGCUUGAUGUACGUAGAUUCCUCAGUUCUGCGCGGCAAACAUGGGUUUAUAUCAGAAGUUCAGAACUUUGAUGUCGCAUUGAUACCAUGUGAUAUGACCAGGAGAAGGUCUACCACACUGUUCCAUUUUACCAACGCGUACCAGAAUCUG